CACAUAAUAUCUUGCCCAAACCAUCAAAAAGAUCUUCAACACCUACUCGUUAUAUGUUUCGCGAAAGACUUUUAUUUUUUCUUCUUGGAAUAGCUAUUGCUGUGGUAAUAUUCGUUGCAAUUGCUUCGUCUUCGUUGUCUUCCCGAUUUACUCAAAGUUAUGUGUUGAUUCUCAAACAAUCAAAUUCAUCAGAGCUUAUCAGUUCAAUGACUACUAAACUACGUCAAUCCGUUUCGUUUCUUCCAUUAAAAGAUUUGAGAUACUCUCAAACAAACCAAGACGGUCAUACUUGGUUUAUGUCUUCGAUGUAUGAUACACAUGAAGAAGGUGAAGUUCAGUACCAACAGUUCCCAUCAAAUGCAUCAAAAGGAAGAUUACUUUGUAUAAUGGGACGUGAUGGUCAUGACGGCUCAUGGAAUUCUUAUGCCUUAGCAUUUCCUGAUGCACUGCCAGAAAAUGCUACAUUUUAUCCAGGUUUAACAUUUAUUUCCAACAAUCACUACAACUAUGGUAAUAUUUGGCAUGGGUUAUCAGCCCUUUUUCCAUUUGUAGCUUGGCAUAGAAGAGUCGGUAAGUGCGCGUUACCUGCACGGUGGAUUUUGUUUCACUGGGGUGAACUUAGGAGGGAAAUGAGUGUUUGGUUAGAAACAUUAUUGAAAGCUAGCUUUAAUGGUCAAGUUCAUAUUGAGACAUUUGAUGGGUUGAGAAAUGAUGAACCAGCUUGUUUCGAAGAAGCUGUUGUGAUGAGACAUAAUGAAGGUGGAAUGUCUAGGGAGAGAAGGAUUGAAACUUAUGAUUUGUUAAGGUGCAAAGCUAGAGUUCACUGUAACGUGCCUUUGGAGCGAAACGACACGCAGAUUGGGUUGACGAUGUUCAUGAGGACCGGAACAAGAUCGUUUAAGAACCAGUCUGCGGUUACUCAGAUAUUUCAAAGAGAAUGUGUGAAAGCCGGAGGUUGCAAGUUACAAGUUGCCGACUCCGGUAAUCUUACCUUUUGUGAGCAGGUAAGUUUGAUGAGUUCUACAGAUAUCUUAGUAUCUCCACAUGGGGCACAGCUAACAAAUAUGUUCUUCAUGGACAAGAACAGCAGCGUAAUGGAAUUCUAUCCUAAAGGAUGGCUCAAAUUAGCAGGUAUAGGGCAAUAUGUUUAUAAAUGGAUAGCUAGUUGGUCCGGAAUGAAACAUCAAGGUGCAUGGAGAGAUCCUAAUCCGGAUCCUGAUCUGCGAAAAUGCGAAUUCCCAGAAGAUGAUCGUCGUUGUAUGACAAUUUACAAGGACGGAAAGAUCGGUCACAAUGAGACAUAUUUCACUGAAUGGGCUAGAAGUGUACUUUCUGAGGUGAAGAUAAACAAACAAGAGCAAUCCUUGAAUAGAAUUCAGACUGGAAACAAAAAUAAGCUUCAACAACUGCAAGCAAGUGGAUGUGCCUGUGGUUAAAUAAUGAAUAUAUAGCCGUAGGGAAUAGUAGUAAACUUCAAAAUAGCAAACAGAGAUCCUUUAGAUGCGUUACUCCUUCACAUGCACAGUUAAUACUUAAUUUGGAAGUGAAGUUGAAAACUAUUUCUCGGUAAUAAUCAAUGUUUUUGUUCA